GCUACAUGUAGGCACAGAGGUCGCAGUCAGAGAGAAGAAACCCUCCACCGCUUCAUGUUGCUCUCAAACAGCCUCAAUGUAGCUUCACUCGACUCUUGUCAAAGCUGCGCGAUUAAAGGAAAAAGGAGAUAAUGAGUGAAAACAUCUGGGUGCGGCACACUUUACACCAAAAGGUUUCUCUCUGCCGGAGGUCGUCCGCAUUUCUGCCUUUUGUAUUUCCUUGCUGAAUGUCGUGGACAUUUUGGAUUUUUUUUUUAAUGUCAGUGAGUCUUACCAACUAAGGACUGUUUUUUCUUCUGUCUUCGGUUAGUUUGUUUGAGCAAGGUUAAUACUUUUAAGUCUGAAAACAACAGGGAAAGACAACGUUAAACAACUUGCUGCUUGCUGAGGAGAAAUGUGCGGACGAGUUGCUUUAAGGGGGCAACGUUAGCUAGCAAACACUAGCAUAUUGAACUAUCCUCAAGCAAAGCUAGCUAAUGGCCGCUUCUUAACAUAUUUUUUGGAUUGUAUCACCCAGCCCACAACCUGGACACCGUUAAAUGAGACGCUGAUUCGACUAUAAUUCAGAUAAGCAAAUUGUUGCUGUUGGAUCUGUCAUCUGCCAUCCACUGGGAUCCAGGCGCUUGAGUCCUAAAUGACAAGUGCCUGAGGAUGUCCAAGCGGAGCUUGUUUGUUCGUCUGGUGCCGUGCCGCUGCUUGCGGGGUGAGGAGGAGGCGGUAACAUCGCUGGACUACUCCCACUGCAGCCUGGAGACUGUUCCUAAGGAGAUCUUUAGCUUUGAGAAGACCCUGCAGGAACUCUACCUCGAUGCCAACCAGAUCGAGGAGCUGCCUAAACAACUGUUUAACUGCCAGUUACUCCACCGACUGAGCAUGCCAGAUAAUGACCUAACAGUGUUGCCGUCAGCGAUCGCAAAUCUCAUCAAUCUCAGGGAGCUUGAUGUCAGCAAAAACAGUAUCCAGGAGUUUCCAGAAAAUAUCAAGAAUUGCAAAGUCCUAGCUAUUGUAGAAGCCAGUGUGAAUCCCAUAUCCAAGCUCCCAGAAGGUUUCACCCAGCUUCUGAGUCUGACGCAGCUCUACCUGAAUGAUGCCUUCCUGGAGUUCUUACCAGCCAGCUUCGGCAGGUUGACUAAACUACAGAUCUUGGAGCUGAGGGAGAACCAGUUAAAGAUGUUGCCAAAAAGCAUGCAGAAGCUCACCCAGCUGGAGAGGCUGGACCUGGGGAGUAAUGAGUUCACUGAAGUGCCUGAGGUGUUGGAGCAGCUGACUGGAAUCAAGGAGCUCUGGAUGGACGGGAACAGACUGACGUUUUUACCUGGGAUGCUGGGGAUGCUGAAACAGCUGGUGUACCUGGAUGUGUCCAAGAACAACCUGGAGAUGGUGGACGAGCAAAUCUGCGGCUGUGAGAGCCUGCAGGACCUUCUGCUCUCCAACAAUGCUCUCACACAGCUGCCAGGCUCCAUCGGCUCCCUGAAGAAACUGACUGCACUGAAAGUGGAUGAGAACCAGCUGAUGUACUUGCCAGACUCAGUUGGAGGACUGGCUGCUCUGGAUGAGCUGGACUGCAGUUUUAAUGAGAUCGAAGCUUUGCCCUCCUCCAUCGGCCAGUGUGUCAGCAUCCGCACCUUUGCUGCAGAUCACAACUUCCUUACCUUGCUUCCCCCCGAGAUGGGCAACUGGAAGAAUGCAACUGUGCUCUUCCUACAUUCCAACAAGCUGGAGUCUUUGCCUGAGGAAAUGGGUGACAUGACGAAGCUCAAGGUCAUCAAUCUCAGCAACAACAAGUUGAAGAAUCUUCCCUACAGUUUCACUAAACUAAGCCAGAUGACUGCAAUGUGGCUGUCUGAAAACCAGUCAAAGCCCCUGAUCCCUCUCCAGAAAGAGGAGGAUCCAGAGACACACAAAACUGUGCUGACCAACUACAUGUUCCCCCAGCAAACCAGGACAGAGGACUACAUUCCCAACUCUGACUCUGAGAGCUUCAAUCCAGCUCUGUGGGAGGAACAGCGCAAGCACCGAGCUCAGGUGGCCUUUGAGUGUGACGAGGACAAGGACGAGAGAGAAACACCCCCGAGGGAGGGAAACCUGAAGCGCUACCCGACACCGUACCCAGACGAGCUGAAGAAUAUGGUGAAGACAGCCCAGUCUGUGGCUCACAGGCUGAAGGAGGACGAGUCCAGUGACGAGUCGGGGAAAGAAGCAAAACCAAUUGAGAGGAACCACAUUGGAGUGCAGGACGUGGGAGUUAAGGUGAUAGAGGCUCCAUAUCCUAAUGGCACAGCAUCAGACAUGGACUCCCAAUUAACUACCAUCACUCAAAACUCCUCUGCAUUCGAGUCGAAAGACACUUCAGAGUCUUACAGCGCUCAGAGAAUCCCUCUCAAGUCUUCAGGCGGCUCCAUGAUGAACCAUGAGGACACACUGGAGGAUUCUGAGGAGCUGUCUGAUGAAGAGGAGGAGAUGAAAAUUGCAGAAAUGAGACCUCCUCUUAUUGAAAUCUCUAUCAAUCAGCCUAAAGUAGUGACUUUAAGUAAGGACAAAAAAGAUGACGCAGACUCUUUGCUGGAUGACACUGUGGCCAACAGCAACCAGAACAACAGUAACUGUUCGUCGCCAUCACGCAUGUCUGACUCAGUGUCUCUGACCACAGACAGCAGCCAGGACAACUCUCUGUGCACCCCCGAGAGAGAGGCAAAGAUGCCCUUCCUACCAAAAAGGCAAGAGGACGAGAAUAUGAACCAGCCUAGAGACACCACCCCUCUCCUCCACAAUGGUAAUGGCUCUGAAACGUCCCUUCAGGCCAUUUUGAAAACCCAGCAGACCCCGCCAGAGAAGAUGGGCGACUAUGACCUGUCCAUGGAAGCCCGGCUGGCCUUCAUCGAGAAGGGAAUCAACAACGGCAUGGGAGAAACCUACACCAAGUGGGACCAGAUUAAUAUGAACGUGUCCAAGUUGCCAACCGACAACAUGGUUCAGCUGGACGAGGUGGACAAAACCAAGAAUGGUUCAGUAACCCAGGAGGACUUGGAUGGCAAGCAGGGUUUUAGCAAUGACAACAUGGAGCAUUUUCUGAAUGGAAACCAGCAGGUCAGUGACUGCAUCAAUAGUCUGGGCAACAAAAGCCAAGCGAUGAGAGUAGAGACAUCUGCUGUGCAUGUGGGCCUGACAGGCGGGACAGGCAGCAGUGACAUGUCUCUGUCUCGCAGCACAGAGGAACUGUCCCCAGAGAAAAGGUGCCAUCCCCCGCAGGUGAUGAAGUCCCACAGUGUCAGCAACAUAGAAACAGGAGGCAUGAAGCUGUACGCCUUUGAUGUGAACGAUGACUCCUAUGAUGCAGCAGGAAUGACGAGGAUGACGGGAGCCGGCCCCGGGCCAGGAGCUCAGGGACAGAGCAUAGUCCGGAGCAAGUCAGCUAGUCAGUUACUCAACGACCAGACUCUCCAGAUCUACCCCGGCUCCUCUGCAUCCUCUUCAGACCUGCUCUCCUCCUCUAAGCCUCCUGCAAGCACCAUCAGAUAUCCAGUCUCCUCCAGCAUGGCCAUGGGCAUCCCUCCUCCUCAGUACAAUAUCCAGUACACAAGCAGUGCUGUGCCGAAAGAGGGCCUCUGGGCCCAGAGGACGCCCCUGCCCCCAGAGCACCAAGGCUACCCCCCUCCUCCUCCACACUCACUAGCCAACACCAACUACUCCAACCGUAAUCAAGCACCUCCGUACCCUCUUCAGAGCCAGCAGAGGGGGCCUCCCAUGGCUCCCAAACCCUCCGGGGACAUGUGGGCCAAGGAGAGACUUCAUUCUGCUGGAGGCCAGCCCAGAAGCAGCACUCUGCAGAGGCAAAGCAGCACGGCUUCCACCGUCUCCAUGGGUGACCCGAGGCGCAUACAGGUGCCUGACGGGGAAUACAUGACGUACAGGGACAUUCACACCCUUGCCAGGGGGCCGCUGGCGAUGAGUCAGGCCAUGCAGAGGCCCCUGUCCGCUCGCACUUAUAGCAUCGAUGUACCUGGAGCUUCCAGGCCUCACGGCGCCAGGCCGCAGCCCCAUGAGCUUCCAGAGAGGACCAUGUCUGUCAGCGAUUUCAACUACCAGCAAAGUAGCCCCAGCAAGAGGCCCAACACCAGGGUGAAGUCUGAGCACUCGCUGCUGGACGGGCCGGGACAGGUGUCAGGAGGAGUGGGAGCAGGAAGGGUGCCAGCUGACUGGAGAGACCAGGUGAUGCGGCAUAUCGAGGCCAAGAAAAUGGAAAAGAAUGCACUGUCUCGCUCCUAUAAUUCCAAUAACGCUCCGCUGAGCUGGUCUCACUACGGCAGCUGUAGGGAUAUGCAUGCCAGCCAAGGGUCUCUGGUGUUUAGCGCCAGGGACGGACAGCCCUACGGAGCUCUGGGCUUCUGUGAUGAUGUGUUUCCCCAAGGACAGCAGAGCUUCACCAUGGACCCCCACAGAAAAGUGCCUUUGAUGAACGGUCAGAUGGGCCCUUCUGUUCGUCCUCAGCUGAGCCAGGCGUCCAUGGCCCGUCACCCAUCCAGAGAGCAACUCAUUGAUUACCUGAUGCUCAAAGUCUCCCAUCAGCCCCAGGGGCCCCCGCGCAUCCCACUCGACUCACUGCAGCAAGAGAUCCGUGUGAAAGUGGAGAAGAAUCCAGAGCUGGGUUUCAGUAUAUCAGGAGGAGUGGGCGGUCGGGGAAAUCCCUUUCGUCCAGAUGACAAUGGUAUAUUUGUGACAAGGGUCCAACCUGAGGGCCCGGCAUCCAUGAUUCUUCAGCCUGGUGAUAAAAUCAUCCAGGCGAAUGGAUACAGCUUUGUGAAUAUCGAUCAUGGGAACGCAGUGGCCCUCCUGAAGACGUUUGCAAGCACUGUGGAUUUGACUAUCGUGAGAGAAACGCAAGCAUAGACUCAACUGAAACUGACCUCUGACGCGGGAGGGACACGAGAAGAGAGACAAACGGAGAGAUUUCUCUGUUGACUCUCAUAUUUUUAUACACAGAGGAGACUGACCUGUUGAUACCUGUUGGGACUAUUUAUAGUAGAGAUCUUCAUAGCCUUGAUUUAACGGGGAAAACCACUGAAUGUAGUGGAUCAAAGUGAGACGGCGGCAAACCUCUGCAAGUACGAGUCCUCAAAAGGCCAUCACUGUGGUAUAUAUAUUUUUAUACAAAAAGAAGCUGAAGAUGAUGCAAAUAAUUACUGUGGUCUCUGUACAGAUCAUCUUUUUUUUUGUCCAAAAAUCCUUUAUCAUAAAUUAGGUUUUAUUUCUGUGGAUUGACAUGAUUUGACCACUCCGGGGGGGCAAGGCUCCCUCUCUUCUGUCAUCCAAUUUGCCUUUUUUUUCUCUUUUUAUUUAAGAUGUUGAAACUGGUCUGCCGUGAGAUCUUUUAUGGAGGACAAUGUUACGUGCUUUUCAUGUGGAGACGAAUGUAGAUCAAGGAGGUGUCCGAAGAGAUAUAUUUUUGUUUCUCUUCUUGCGAGAUCGAAGAGUUUUGAGAAGAGGAAAAUCGUAAUCAUCCACCUCACCCUGCUUCCAUAAACCUGCGAGCGCUCUCAAACACUUCUGUCCUCACUUCCAUUCCCAAAUAUCCUCACAGCGACUGCUCUGCAUAUCACCCAACCAGACCACUACCUGGCCCGUGUGGACACAAACUGAAAGAAGAAACGCAGUCUGCAUGUGAUCACUUAACGAGACUGGGGAAGAAAAAAUCAAAUAUUUGGAGGAAAUGUGAGAGGAGAGGUGUAGCAUGCGUUUGCUCAGCCUUAAUCUGUUUUGCCAGUCAGGAGCUUUUGAUUAAAGCAAGAGUUCGAUAUUUUGGGGAAUUUUUUUUUUUUCACCGUAAAGCCCGUAUUUCCCAAAAUGUCAGAACUGUUCCUUUAUCUGAAGAACGAGGUGGCGGUUAUGCUAGUUAACCAAAGCAAGUUAGUGGACAGAAGGCAAAAGCAGGAGACAACUUGAGAAAGAUAUUUGAACAAGAACAGGUUUCAAUCAUGCGUUUUAUUUUUUAAGGGCUUCAUCUUCCAGGCAGCCAUUUGCUGAGAUGUUUGUUUUGCAGGGGUUUCAACAUCUGUCUGUUUUUAUUAUUUUUAUUUUUAUUUUUAUUUUUACAUGGGAGAAGACCACAGUUUGCCUUUUGUGUCUAUAAAAAAUUGUUUUAUCAUGCUUUUUAUCCAUCACUUUCUCGAUCUGUUGUUUGUUUUUCUUCACUGUACAGAGAGUAGAGUUGGGAGAGACAAGUUGUCAAGUGCCAUAAGACCUUGAACUGUUUGAAAAAGGGGAGGACCUUUGACCCCACAACCCGAGCAAUAUUCACAUAAUCACAAACCUUCUGAGUACAUUUGCAGCAUAACGGCUUCAGAGCAAUAUGUAAAGCCUUUAUUUUCAUUCAGAAAGACCACAUCAGAUAGCAUUUUUUUACACAAACACAACCUUUUAGUAAUCACCAAUGAUUUUACAUGAUUUUUAUAUUGUGAAAAGAAUCAUUUUUUGUAAUGAAAUAGCACAGGAAAUACAUACGACAGUACUUAAACGGAAAGAUUUCUCUGCAUUGUGUAAAAGUGAAUGUUUGUGUCACUUUCCCAAGGCUUUUUAAUUACUGUUUGUUGCUUCCAUUACCAUGAUGUUCAUCUGUGCAAAAAUAAUCAACUAAUCCAGUCAAAGCUGCAUCUCAGAACAUUCCUAAUGUUUGUCAAAGAACUGUGUCGGAAGGAAAAAAUGUGUUUUUAAAGUGAUUUCAAAUUAUUUGUGCACCUCUCUGUUAAUUUUCAUUCACUCUUCAGUGAGACGUGUUUCCAGAAGAAACGGAAAUGAUAAAUUUCACUACGUAAAGGCCCCAUAAAUUUCAAAAAUACAUUUGUGACCACUGAAUUUUUUUUCUAUAUAUUAAACUAGAAUUUGAAUGGCUUUCCCUCAACUUGUUUACAGUAGAUUGUGUCUUCUACUGUUCCCGUAUGUAGUUAACAUUUGACCCAUAUUUUAUGCUUGUGGCACUGUCGAACCAAAAUAAAAACACUGUGGUAAUUAGCUAAAUUUAAUAUCCCUUUAAUAAUAAAAAAAAAAAAUAUAAUGUUAGUCGUAAAGGUAGCUGUACCCUUAAUUUUUUUAAACUGACUCUAAAUUUGGUACAUUUUAUUCACAAGCAAAUGACAUUAAUAAUUUCCAAAUUUAUCACAGAAAAAAGUCUUACACAUGAAUUGUUGUUUUUCCUUGUAUUAAUUUUGUGGGUGAUUUCUGUUCUAAGAGUAGGGGGGAAUUUUCUGUGGUAAUGGUCACUUUAUUUUAUAUUCAUGGCAAAAAAAAAGUACAGUCUGACAUUGUAGACAAUCUAGGGAGAUAAAAACAUGUUAUCACAUUUUCUUCACUCAUGUUGGUCGGUUUCUUAUGCUCCCGUAUUGUUCUUAUUUAUUUAGUAGUCUUCUGUGGUUUUUAGACCUUACUAAUCAAAUUGUAAAUA